UCGGCAUUCUUUUUUUUUUUCUUCAUCAAAAUGACUCCACUAGUAUUGCCACGACUUCCAGGCUCGACUCUUGAACCAACAUCAGAGCCAAUUGUAAUUUAUCCACAAAACUACAGCCCAGAUAUGUCACCCGAAACGCCUACCACACUCACCACGCCAACCCAAUCAUUGAACCGGAAAAAUCGACCUACAUUUAUCGAUAUUCCCGAUACUUCCAAGCAUUUCAUCCAAACCGAGCCUGAUGAAGAAGAUUUUUCACCAUGGUCAUACCAAGAGGAGGACGUCAAUGACACGGAAUCUCAGUGAAGAUAACCACUUUUGCAUUCUUUUUCCACUUGACACACAUGCAGUUGCAUUGACUGUUCCUGCACUUCAUAUUCCGAUGAACUAAAAUUAUCAUUUCUUCCCUUCACACCCAAAAUCUUAUAAGUAGAUGCAAGCAUUCCUUACUAUCUAUUAGAUAUUGCAUGAAUACAAUCAUUUGAAGAUGAGUUCUAGAAUAAUAAGCCAGUCAACUACUGUCGGAAUACUUUUUUCCCCCGUAUAGUCAAAAGUUUUCAAAUAGAGAAUUGCAC